CUUAUUAAAUAGAUAACCACUGGAGCGUCGUUUAUGAUGCUAACUGAUGGCGUAAACUCGAAAAAGGAAGAGCUCAAUUUGUUGUCUCCAGUUGAAGUCGGCCAGGAUGCUCUUGACCUACAAUCACAACAGUAUCAGUCCACAACUUGCCUGAUUCAGCCGAAAGAGAGUCCAUUAGCUGAACAAAUUACUUCAGCUCCAUUGGCAGAGAAACAGCAGCCAGCAGAAGGACGCCAACAAUGGGACAACAAGUUUCAAUACAUGUUGGCCUGCGUUGCUUUCGCUGUUGGACUGGGAAACGUUUGGAGAUUCCCAUACUUGUGUCAGAAAAAUGGAGGAGGAGCCUUUUUGAUACCGUAUACAUUGAUGCUGAUCUUCGAGGGCAUUCCGUUGUUCAUCAUUGAACUCUCGGUUGGACAGCGACUGCGAAAAGGACCCUUACAAGUGUGGUGGGAAAUCAGCCCUUAUUUGGCAGGUCUCGGCAUCGCCUCUUGUAUCGUGUCCUUCCUCUGUGCCGUGUACUACAACACUGUAGUGUCUUGGUGUAUUCUUUACUUCUUUCGCAGCUUCUCCUACCCGUCGCCUUGGUCAACGUGUGAUGAAAAUAUCAAAGAGUGUCAGGUCUCUUCGCCUACUUCCUUCUACUGGUACAGAGAGACCCUCAAUAUUGCAGACAGUUUGGAGGAGCCUUUCUCCUAUGAGUGGAAAGUUGGCCUGGCUCUAGUCGUCACAUGGACCAUAGUCCUCCUCGCCACCAUCAAGGGCAUCAAGAGCUCAGGAAAAGUCAUUUACUUCACGGCCUUAUUUCCUUACGUGGUGUUGACGAUCUUCCUCAUACGGGCUCUCCUCCUCCCUAAUAUGUCAGACGGACUUGUGCACCUCUUCAAACCAGAUUUAUCGCACCUGCUAAAUGCGCGUGUGUGGCUAGACGCUGCUACCCAGAUAUUCUUCAGUCUGUCUCUGGCAUUCGGAGGUCUGAUUGCGAUGAGCAGCUACAUGCCAGAGAACAACAACUGCUACCAGGAUGCAAUUGUGGUUUCUCUCAUUAACUGCUUCACCUCAAUCUACGCUGCCAUUGUCAUUUUUGCCGUGAUUGGGUUCAAAGCCAACCAGGAUCUGGACAACUGCAUUGCAUCAAAUGUGGCAUCCAACUCUACUGAUCAUUGUCGAUUGGAGGACUUCCUCGCAAAGGGUGUGAGUGGGACUGGACUGACGUUCAUCACCUUCACAGAGGCCAUAGACCACUUUGGGUUCUUCUCACCCCUCUUCGCUGUCCUCUUCUUCCUCAUGCUCAUGUCCCUCGGCUUCGGUUCCCUCUUCGGAACUGUCCAAGGAGUGAUCACUUCACUGCAUGAUGCGAAGUUCCUCCGAAACAUGCCUAACGAGCUUAUCACUGUGGUGUUAUGUGUGUCGAGUUUGGUCUUGGCUCAAUUGUUCGCCCUAUCUUCUGGAGAUUAUCUUCUCCAAAUAUUUGACACGUGGGUUGGCACUGUGCCUCUUCUGGUGGUCGCUUUCUUCGAAGUGAUUGCCAUUUCAUACUUCUACGGAGUCCGCAGGUUCUCAGAGGACAUCUAUCUGAUGUGUGGGGAGAAGCCGAAUAUUCUGUUCAUGCUGUGCUGGAAGUACAUCUCGCCCUGUGUCAUGACUGUCAUUCUGCUGGGUUUCGUGUUCAAUGUGUCCAUGGAUGGAGUCACCUACUUCAGAUACGACAAGAACAUCGGCGAGGCAGUGGUAGCAGAUAUGCCAGGAUGGGCACUCUGCUUCUGUUUCUUCCUAACUUUCAUCUCUCUUAUCGCAAUCCCAGUGGCAGCUGUGUGGCACCACAUGCUUAAAUUACCAGCUGUCAUUCCCUCCUACUUCCCUGAGGAGGAACUGAAAGCACAAAACCCAAUUCCAGAUAACUUCAUGGGCUCACAAAUUGAACUGAUUCUCUUCUCCAAGUGAACAGCAUGAAACGAGUUGCCAAAGCAAAAUGACUUCUGAACGAAAAACAGAAAAAUGGACCAUCCAAAACAGUAAAGCAAGACUAAUUUUAUUGAGACAACAGGAUAAUGUUUCAAAGUAAAAAAAAUUAGACAUUGAAAAAAGAGGUCCGAUAUGUAAAGACUGAUUAUGCCGAAUAAGAAUAAUAGAGCUUAGCUGAUGACACCUUUCUAAAAUAUCGGUCUUCUGGUAUUGGGCUCCAAAUUAGAUGGCUAUUAAAUAGAAACUAUAUAAAUAUAAAAAUGACGAUUAUCACUUCCUUACCCUCGUAAUCACUUGACCCUCGUAAUCACAGUUUUGCAUACCUUUUGCUUUAAUAAAUUAGAAUUUCGCGAUUCAGUACAUCUAAUCAAUGUAUGCGUAAAUGUGCUAAACUUCACAUAUAUUUAUCCGAAUAUCUGUUUUGUUGUCUAUUUUAUUUUCUCCUUGACUUAAAUUGCGUAGAAGUAAUUUAACCCUCAGUCAGUCUUGAAAAGCUGCAUUGUAGAUCGCUUCCAUAUAUCUUAGACUCGAGUGCGUAUGUAUGAACUCAAAUGUAGAUACUAUCUGCUGUAAAUUUUAUUAAGAACGAUAUUCAUUCUGUAUAAUCUUGCAAUAAAACGGUAGAAAUAAACUUAAUUUAAUUCCUUGUAAAAACGUGUAGUCUUCUUGUUAUCCUUGUAUCCUAACUAGAUUAGAAUAAAUAUAUUCUAUGCUG